AUGGCUUCCUCAGUGAACUUCUUACUCUUCUCUUCCCUCCUCCUCACGUCUUUAUCCAUCUCUUUUCCUGAAGUCACUGCAAGAACUCCUGCAACCACAACAACCACAGUAGUCGUCCCUGAGGCGACGCCGGCCGUCCAAGUCGAGAAAGCUGCAAAAUUCAGCACUCAUAAUCAUCCCUCUCCCACCACCAAAUCGAGCUACGAGGAGAAAGAACCCAAAGCUCAGCAAGGUUACAGGAAUGAGAAGUAUGGAAUGAGUGACACAUUGUUCUUAGAAAAUGGGAAAUAUUUUUACGAUCCUGUUGCUGAAAAAGGAUAUGGAUUAUAUGCUGGAAUUGGCUUAAAGGGUGCUAACCAUUAUGUGUACAAUAAUUAUAAUGACGAGGCAAAUAAUUAUGAGAGACAGAACAAUGGAGAAAAUGAAGAGUAUAAUCCAUGAAAGGUUUUGAUUAAUGCAGCAAAUUAAGAGUAAAAUUUAAAAAUAAGUAUGUAAUAGUGAUGCUUUUAUUUGGGGUUUAAUUGAAGCAAUGUUUAAUGUGAAUGAUUGUGGGGUUUGAUGCAAAAGCAUGUUGGAACUAUGUAUGCAAUAGUUUUUAAAUAACCUAAUUCCUUAUUAGUGAUAUUAUAUUAUUUUGAAGGA